AUGGUGCCUCUUUUGGGGAAAUGCGGAACGUUGUCCACCAAUCACGCAGCUCCCCACACCAUCUUUUUUGACAAGCACGCCCGCUGCAUGGUGGCGUCGUGGGCAUGUGGUGCCUGUCACACGGCUGACUUCCCUUCCCAAUCCCCCGACCGCGACCAACCCUUGCACGCACAGGUCAGGAUAUACCUGCUCUUGGCACUGUCUUCCCAGAGUCGGAACUGGGGAUACGCACCAUUCGGCUCGCGUGCAUGGCUGCAAAAGGCCUAG